GGCGCCGUGCGCGACGACGACGACGACGACGGCACCGUAAUCGUCGUCGACAACUUCGGAUCGACGAUAUCCGCGCGCGCUUAUAUUUUUCUCGUCAUCGCUCGUCUCGUCUCCGUUGGCUUGAGAAAGAAGUGCCAUCGACUUCCGGGUCGGGAAACUUAAUUUUCAACUUUCCGCUAAUUCGCGAUUUCUCUGUCUCGCGAUUUUCUCGACAUCUUUCGCGCCGCGGAGAGUGACGUGAGAGUGACGGCGCGGGCGCCCGACUCCAAAACGAACGAUACGAAUGAUACGAAUACUUUUUAUGAACGUGCUUCACUUAUCGGGAACGUGGUGGAGAACGAGCACCGCAGCGUGGGUAGCGGUGGUCGCAUCUAUAAUUAACCUUGGAGGAGGCGUCUGGCAGGGGAACAAAGUACCAUCUCGGCAAGAAUUUAGGUCCAUCGGUGAAUUCUCGAUGAAAAACGGACUCUUGGUAAAUUAACAACGCGAUGCAGAAAAGAACAGAGGAUACGACUUGCGCAUCAUUAAUUUUUAUUCUUGAGUAAAAAUCCGUUCCCUAAUAAAUGUCACGUUUUGAAUAAUUAGAGAUCCAUAUGACAAUACGUAGUAAUUUUGGGAAGCGAUCUUUAGGACAUCUAUCGAAAGAGGAUUAUUAACAGGCGGUAUUAAUGCAUUCUGCGGAAUAAUGAACUUGAACCUGAAUGACAGUUGUGGCUUACAAACCGAGUGGCUCGUCUAUGGAACUGCAGGCAGUGAACUGUGCAAUCGUUUGGAAGGGUAACUUUCUUGUGGUUUCCCAGUGUGUAAGUGGGAAAUCGCUUCAUCGUCACUCGGCAUGAAUUUUGCGACAUGAGAUAUGUAUGUUACAGAAACGGGAAUCGGAAUUAACCGAGUGACUCAUUUCGGAGAAGUGAUAUUCUGAGCGACACUUCGGUCACGUUUUACGAGUCGAGUAAUUCCUCGUGGAAUCUGAAUUAACGGCUUCGCCGUUGGCCUCUCGACGGCGACGUUACAUCGGAAAACGACGACAAAGACCGAAUGAUUAAGAGGGAGGGAAUAAUUAAAGCAAUCGGAUGUUCGAACCUGUAAGAGAACGCAUUUCCAGGCACGUUCUGAUCCAUGAUUAGGAGGAGGAUCGAUCGAUUUUGGAAUUAACUGCCCACGAGUGUCAAACGGGCCGCGACAGGAACAUCAAUACCCUAAUAAAUGUCACUCGCACGAUCGAUCGUCGCCUUUUGCCAGCCAUGACGUAAAGAGAGGAUUUAACAGCGACGAGGGUCAACGUUGUCGAGAGCGGCUGUCGGGAUCGGCUGUCCACGAUCGUAUGCAGGUCCCGAUCUCUCGUGUGGGUGCGUCGAAGUUCGUGAUCCUGACACCGCUUAGGGGGGUGGUCCCCUACAGUUAUGCACGGAUGGAGGAUGAACUGCAGUGCGUGAGGGAGAGAGGUGAUCGCUCCUAAACCGAUGAGAUGACAGUGCUGUGCGUGCUGUGGGCUACUCUGUCCACUGUGGCCUCGAUUCUUGCGUGCUCCGGUUUUUAUCUGCCUUACUGGAUUCAGGGACGACUGUUGGGGAAGGCCGACGCGUACUUCAGUUCCUUUCGGCGUUGCAACUACCCGCGAAUCAGGGCGCCCAACGCCACGCCUGAGAUAGUUUACGAGUGUGCGAGGUAUUCCAGUUUUUGGGACAUACCGAGUGCUUGGUGGCAGGCGAGCACAGUCACGAUGGGUAUCGGCGUCGCGAUUGCCGUGAUCGGCGCCCUGACACUUUUGGCAGCGGCAUCGUCGUUCCUCCCGCAUAUUCUCAAAACGCCAAAGCACACGAGGAUUCUUGGUUCCUUACAAUUGCUCGCUGCCACGAUGAUAUGCGGCGGCCUGGUCAUGUAUCCGAUAGGCUGGGAUAAUCGGGAGGUACGCGAAUCCUGUGGGAAGGGAGCCAACGUUUACAAUCUCGGGAAGUGCUCGGUGUCCUGGUCGAGUCACUUGCUGGUCGGUUCGGUGGCGUUGCUGAUGCUGUGCUUCGGCCUGAGCUUCUGCGCGGCGCGACACAAGCCCGACGCGAAUCCGCACACGGAUCCCCUGCGCAUUUGACAAUCGAGGUACUCCCAGUCGAUACACGCCUACGCCUCGCCGAAGACGACCACCCUCUCCAUCGUCACGGUCUGUUGAUCACGCGUGCCUGUUGCGUGCACGAGUAUGUGUCAUCAUCGCGCGUACAAAUACCGCGUGCGAAUUCCGCGCAUCGCGGCAUGCAUGAAACCGCGUUCUCGUUGCGCGCGCGUGCAUGUACAUAUGUAUGUUUGUAUUUUUCAAGCAGGGCGUGAGUGCGAAUUUUUCCGCAUAUUUUGCGAUGAUUUAACGCGUGGUUCAACAUAAACGCAUUCCCUGCGUGCGCGAAUAACCCCCCGUUAAUAUUGACGUUGACUCACAAUACGGAUCAGCGAGACGGACAUUAUAAAUGAGCAUUGUGAUCUCGUAGCGUUCGACAGACAGAACGAUUAAUAAUUGAAGUGAAAUUAACGGGAUAGAUACGAGUCGAUAGCUCGAAAGGAUAUUAAUCUUUAGUUCGUCACGAUGAUAUGACGUAGCGAUCGAAACUCAGAGAUGCUAUCUUCGACGAGAUUCAGCGAGAUUCGUAAAGUUCGAGGCACUCUCUAUGAUCCCCUGACCAACACAACUGAUAUAUUUCCUUGCGAACAAUCCGUGAGAUUUCGAAAUCACGUCCGCAAGAGAUCCGGGAGAUUUCCGGGAGAUUGAUUAAACUUUUGACAGGUUAACGCGUAUCUACCACCCUUUCUAUCUCCAUCGAAACAAAUCCUGCACAAGUCUUUGUACAUAGCUCGCAACCUGCAUAUGUACGUAUGUAUAUACACGCCGGAGUGAAUCCCAUAGUCCUGACUCCUGUCUCGCCGGUUUCGCCGAUCUCGGCAGACGGUUGGAGAAAGCCGCGCCACGGUAUUUCCAAUUUCGUGCCGUAGUAAGCCCCCGGCUGAGAGCGACGAAGCAAUUGGCAAUUCGCCUCGACGGGACUUUCAGCACUUUCAAUUCGCACGGAGAGACGGGCUCGCCCGUUCUGCUUGCCGGGCGAAUACACACGGUGACUGGAAAGGACGCGGGAGACGGGGAGAUGGACACUCCUUUCCUCUCCUCUCCUCUCUCGUCCCGUAUCGAGAGAGUCCGCAUUCAGAUGCGCUGUAACGAUCACGAUAUCCAGGAGAGCUGCUGCACGCUCUGCCCUCUCCUCGGUCCUCGUCGAGGACUGGGAAUCACUGUGUUUCCCACGGUCCGAAAGCCUUUCGGAUAUAUCGAUCGCGAAGACGCGCAGAACGUUUCGACUCUCCAGAGAUUUGCACGUUCCUCUUAUUUAUCCUCGUCUCUCGGAUUCUCCCCUCAAGACGCUAUUUCCUUCGUGGAAGUAAUGCGUUGGCUCAACCGUGAGUGUCGGUUUAGCGUUCUCUUAAAAUUUAUUUGGAUCUACGAUUCCAGAUUUUAUUUCUAGGAUAUAUUAUCUCUUCGUCUGGAAUUUUUCGUCUUCCAACUUUUUACGAGAUAAUCUCUUUCUGGGAUAACUGUUUUUUAAAUAAUAGAAAAUUGUUAUAUUCCUCAAAAGAUCCGUCGGCACUAUUUUAUCAAACGGCAAGCGAUUGUUGUCCAUAUUGAGAAUCGCGGAAGCGUUGAGAAAACUGGGUUCAAGUCGGAAAAGCGGAUUGAGAAUUAAACGGGUGGCGAAAUCCGCGUAAUUAAAAGAUAAAAGGAUCAGAGAGAAGAUCAGAGUUCUGGGGUUGAUGCGGGUAGUAGUUUAUUUGUAUCGUGGCUCCUAUCUAAAACUGUCCGCGCCGGUCUUUCACUUCGCUCUCUUUUUUCCAAACGGAGGAAUCAGAAGGUCGAGUUGGCUAAAGAGAAAUAUUUUUUUUUUUUGUCGAAUAUUUGAUAGUCUCGUUUAAACUUUCAACUGCAAACCGCGACGUUUACGAGAACGACGCGCUAAAAGUCCUCUUUAUUUUUAUUUCUCAUCAGUUUAAAAAAAUUCGCGAGCGCGAAUUGAUGCCUUCGUACUUUUUUGUCAAGCAAAACGACCUUGCAAUUUGCCGCAAAAUCUCGCUGUCUCGCGGUGCUCGUUCUCGCGAAUAUCGAGCCACCCCCGUACAGGGUGGUACCUCCCAGGUAAAAAACAGCCCGCGGCCGUACCUGCAUGCGCGAUAUAAAAAAAAAAAACGUAAUAUUCAGAGCGCGUAUGUAAGCAAGGUGUGUAUGUGUUAGCCCCGGUGAAAUUCGCAAUUGCGGGCGCGGUUGAAUUUCACGUGCUGAUGGAACGGCGCGCACAAACGAUGGCCGCGCGUUAUUCGGUGAAGGCAUCGCUAUUGGCCGGAUAAAAAUCCGAGCUGAGCAAACACGCCGGAGCAUGUUCCGUUCGCGCGGGUUCUCCACGCACCGCUUAUUUCUUGCAUUAAUCGCCAUUUUUUUCCGCACGCGUAUGCGUGCGCUCCUAUUGUGGCGCAUGAAAUAAACGGACUCUCGCCGUGGUUCCUCCACUGUCGUGCGUCUGAUACAAAUCGUUUCAUCGCGAAUAAAAGAACCAACGGUGAUAUGGUUACCGUUCUCUCCUUCUCUCCCCUUCUCUCCGUGCAUUCAAAUAUUCUGACCAUGGAAAUCGUCGGGAAUUCCGAAUAUCUCGAUUACCCAUUAUUGACGCGAAACGAAGUCACGUCGCGCGCAUCGGCAUGGCUUUCGCGAUCGCAAAUUGCGCGAUACUCUACUGUAGGUGUCAUAAAACUACUGAAAGCUUUUUGCGUUAUCUACUUCGUGUACUUCAAUCUGGAUUUAGUGCUUGUCAAUGCGCGAGCCCACAUAGCGUUACCGAAAUCUACGAAUUCCGAUGAACGCGUCAAUCGUUUCCGCUGGAUCGAGAAUGUGCUCACAAAGUAGAAAGUUCCGAUUUAAAUAUCAUGUCUCGUGCACAUUACAAUCUUUUUUAUUACAUACACACAUAUUUGAGAUAGCUGGUUUAAUUAGCUUCCUCUGAAACUUUUCUCCCGAUACUCAACAACAUGCGUCGUAGUCGUAUCUUCUUAUUUUCCAAUAAGACUUUCAGCAACUUCCGCAUCUCAAACCUCUAACUCGAUUCACUCGUUAACUCGUGAUUCGCUCACAGUACUACUAGAUCUACUACACCGUGUUCUUCCCUCUAAAGCUGCAACUUUAGGCUUCCACCGAGAAGUACAGUCCCCUGAGCGGGACUUAGUAAAAAGAGAGAA